CCUAUAAGAUGACGGAGGAGGACGUGAAGAGGCUGAUUGAGUUCCGUGCGUCCAACGAGGUUCUGUUCACCGGGAGGAGGAACUCUGCAAAGAUCGCCUGGAGGGCCAUCCUAUACGAGCUGGGCCUGCAGGAGAAGCUGACCACAGAGCAGCUGGCCAAGAAGUGGGACAACCUGAAGAGGAGGUAUAAGGAGCUGAAGUUUCCUUCUCGUGCAGUGGAGACAAACCCAAGCUCCUGGCCGUGGUUCUACAGAAUGAACGACGCCAUGGAGGGCCGUUUUGCCGGCGCUGCUCCCAUACUCACCCCCAUUGUGGAGGACGAAGAUGAGGACCUCGAGCCGCUGUCGUCUACGUCAAAGAAACGAGCCCGGCGGAGCCGAGGAGGCAUGACGGAGUUUCUGACAGAGUCUGAGAUGGACCUGCUGGUUGAUAACGAGGACAAGAACCGAUCAUCAGCUCCGGGAGAGCUGCACCGGAUCACCGAGUUCACCUACAAACUGACUGAAGACGACACUCGGCGGCUGAUCGAGUUACGAGCCGCCAACGAGUCUCUGUUCACGGGCAGGAGGAACACGUCCAAACCUGCCUGGAGGGGAAUCGUGAAGGAGAUGGGUCUGACAGGAAAACUGACACCUGAUCAGGUCGCCAAGAAGUGGGACAACUUAAAAACCAAAUUUAAGGACCUGAAGUUUCCUCCUCGGGGGAUGGAGGCUCACACCAACCCGGCCUCGUGGCCCUGGUUCCAGCUGAUGAGCAACGCUCUUGAGGGACGGUUGGUUGGAAAAGCUCAAAAAGUGGCACCCGUCUGGACCAGCGAGGAGGACGGCGUAUUUGGUUUGUCUCCAUCCCGCGACAGAGAUGGUUUGAUGGCGGCGGACAGGAGCAGCGUGUCGGAGCUGGAGAGCAUGGUGGGCGGAGACAGCGGCGAGGCUGAUGAGAGCGUCACGUACAUCGACGCCAGCGGCGAGGAGUGCUCCACGCCAUCAGAGUUUUCCUACAAAAUGUCGGAUCAGGACACCAGGAGGAUGAUCAAACUCCGAGCUGCUAAUGAGAUAUUGUUCACUGGGAGGAGGAACGCUGCCAAAGCUGCCUGGAAAGCCAUUCUGAAGGAGCUCGGCCUGCAGGGGAAAGUUUCCACAUACCAGAUGGCCAAGAAAUGGGACAACCUGAAGAGGAGAUACAAGGACCUGAAGUAUCCUCCUGUUGGGAUGGAGAGCAUCGCUGACGGGUCCUCCUCUUGGCCGUGGUUCCACCUGAUGAACGAAGCUAUGGAGGGUCGGUUGGUGAGCAGCGCCCCCCUCCUCAUUCCUGUCACUCAGGACGAUGACUCUGACCCCGCCCCCAGGCACAAGUCACGCCCCGUCCUUGCCCUGCCUCCCUCCUCCUCCUCAGACUUUGUCCAAGAGGCAUUUGUGGACGAGCAGAACCAGCGGAGCACAGAACCGUGCGACGGGCCGCUGGGAGGACUGGAGCAGGAGUGGGAGGUUGUGGAGCGGGAGCGGGCAGCACUGGAAAGAGAGAGGGCGGCGGUUCAGGCGGAGCGGCUGUGGUUGGACCGGGAACGAGCGGCGCUGGAGCGAGAUCGAGCUCUGGUGGAGCAGGAGAGGGUGGCACUGGGCCGUGAGAGGGAGGUUCUGGACCAGAGAGCCCUGAUGCUAACCUCUGUGGGACACACGGGACACCUGAACAACCUCAUGUAG